GAUGUUUUCCACCGCCAAGACCGGUUUUGGCCUUUCACUGAAGUAUUCCCUCCCAUCGCUUCCAUACUGCUCGUCCAGGCAUGCGCAACCUGUGUCGCAGAUUGCGGCCCUGGUCCUCUGCAGAUCCACCAUCGGCAAUUCUUCAGCAAUAAUAACAGCACUCUCGUUCCCUGCAAAAUAGCAAUGCAAGCGCCAGAAACGCUGCUAUCAUCAGGCGGCAGCAUGAGCAAAAACAAUCCCGAACAAAUCAAUUCUGCAGCUGCACAUGAGCCCAUAAACGGUGCCACCAGCUCACCAGGGCCGCAGCCAGUAGCACCCACUAUAGAUUGUGCCGAUGCUGGAAGCACACAAAACACCGUGUCUCCAGAUUUUCCUGUCCAGUCUGGCAACAUAAUCGAGAAGCUGAGCUCGGGAUCUAUCUCCCCGGCCGAAACGGGUCCAAAGCCCGAGAAAAAAUCCGUCUCGGGCGACGAUCUCUAUCGCCGAUCGUCUCAGUACCAGACCUGGUCCUUCACCAGCGAGGAGUUGUACCUGAUCAAAAAACAGACCAACGAAAAAGGACGAGCCACUGCUCUUCAACUGUUCGAAAGCUCGCGAUCAUCGUUGGAGGCGGAGAAACCCGAGGUGUUCGCCGCACACGGUGACAAGUUGACAUCCGAGAUUCUCGAGCUCAUUUCGUUUGACGAAGAGCAGAAGUACUUGCACUACUUCGGCCAGCAGAUCGUUCAGAUCUGUGCGCACUUCAAAAUGCCCACUCAGGUGAAAGCCACCGCCAUUUCAUUUUUCAGGCGAUUCUACUUGGUGAAUUCUGUCAUGGAAUAUAGGCCCCGCAACGUCUUGUACACCGCUGUGUUCUUAGCAGCGAAGCUGGAAAACUACUUCAUUUCCAUCGAGACUUUCUGUUCGAGAAUACCGAAAACCAAGCCGGAAGAUAUCUUGGGGCUAGAGUUCAUCAUAUUGCAGGCGCUCAAAUUCACGCUCUUGGUGCACCACGCAUUUCGACCCGUGUACGGCUUCUUCCUAGAUUUCCAGCUGUUGCUCUUACAUCCGGCGCCUGUGAUGUACGACGUAAAUGUGGACACCAUAGGCCAGCUUUACGAUAAGGCAAAGAAGUGGCUAAACGACCAUGCGUUGUUAAGCGACGUUUCCUUCCUCUUCACUCCUCCGCAGAUUGCAUUGGCUGCCCUAUACGACUCAGAUAAGCGGAUAACUGACCGCUACUUAAGACUCAAAUUUCUUCACGAGCCACCUGAAGGCAAGGAGGUUGGUCAGUCCUCCGUUCCCCCGCAUGUGAAAGAACAUUUUGACCUCAUAUUGAAGACCAUCAAAAGAUGCAUUAAGAUUGCGAAGGAGGAGACAACGACGUCCAAAGAAGAGAGUACUAAAAUCGAUGAAAAGUGCUUCUUUGCUCUUAAUCCUCUGAAACUAUUGAAAAGACGCAUCAAGGCCCUUCCGGAGCAGCCCUAAAUAUACGUUGUACGUAGGUUUUUGCCUGUGAUGAGUCUGAUUUUUGUCUCAUUUGUAUGUAGUUCUAUGAUCUGAUCGUUCUGUCCAACAGUAUGUCGUAAAAGUCUACUCGU